AUGCUUAACAGCUUGUUUGAUAAUGAGACUAUUUCGGCUAUCUUGAAAGGAGGCAAUCCUUCAGGCAUAGGAGAGGACAAUUGGUUCUGGACCUUAGAAUCUAAUGGUUACUUUUCUAGCAAGUCAGCUUAUAGGGCCCAAGCUGCAGAUCGAGUGAUUUCUUGUGAGGUCGCCCCGUCCUUGUGGAACAAGCUUUGGAACAGUAAAAUCCCUGAGAGGCUCAAGGUUCUUUGGUGGUGUAUCCUCUCUAAGGCUCUCCCUGUCCGUGUGGUCAUAGCAAGAAAAUUUCCUAUUGAGGAUGACAAGUGCCCUUUGUGCGGAGCAGCAGUCGAAACCAUGGAGCAUCUUUUCCUGUCUUGUGACUUUGCCUCUCACUUAUGGAGGUCAACCCCUUGGGGUAUCUACCCUAUUUGUGAUACUGGUAUUAGAAUGUGGGAUUGGGUCAAGUUCUUAUGGGACCUAAAAAGCAAAGGCAUUAAUGCUGAGGAGGCUUUCCUUUAUGCUUCAAUAAUUAUUGAUAAGAUUUGGCAAACUCGGAAUGAAAAGGUACACAACAACAGUUUUGUUGAUAUUUUUAAAUGCAUUGACACUAUUCGUUUUUCUUUUGCAGAUCACCAAGCUUACUUACUCCCUUGCCCCAAGUUGUGCUCGUCGGAUGUUUGGCGUCCUCCCCCUCAGGAUUGGUUGAAACUGAACUGCGACAUCAGAGUCGGGUUGGAUAGCAUGUGUGCAGGUGUGGUUGCAAGAGAUCACGUUGGCAAGGUGAUCUGGGUUACUACUUCUAAACUGGAGUUUGCUGAUGCUCUGUGUGGGGAAGCGGCGGCGUGCUGUUUAGCCUUAGAGGCGGCUAGGACUCUAGGUUUCCAUUUUAUUAUUGUUGAGAGUGAUUCGAGGGUAGUGAUCAAUGCCCUCAAUGAGAAAGAUUCCUGUUGGGAGCUUGCGAACUAUGUCUCUUUUUGUAACAGAAUCUCUCCCUCUUUUAUCGGUUGUAGUUUUGAACAUGUUAGUAGACUUUGUAAUUUUGCGGCCCAUAAUGUGGCCAAGUGGGCUUUUCCCCAUCAGAGGUUUGGAACUUUGUCUCCGACUUCCUUGCCCGACAAUCUUUUCUGUAAUGACCGACAUGUCUAA